AUGGCCGUUGAUCUCAUGAUGAACUGCAGAAACACCAGCAGCUUCACCAUCCCUCCCCCGCCGCCGGAGGAGAAAGCCGCCGCCGAGGAAGCAGCCUCCGGCCUCCAGAACGUCCAGGAGCUACUCCGCCUCUUCUCUCCCCAGCCGCCCCGCUCCCCCGACGGAGGAUCCACCGCCGCCGACUACGCCGCCGUGGCCGGAGCAGCGGUGAGCAAGUUCGAGAGGGUCAUCUCCCUCCUCGGCCGGACUCGGACCGGCCACGCCCGGUUCAGGCGGGCCCCGGCCGCCUCUUCCCCGAGCUCCGUGGUCCCCCGCAGAAUUACAGAGCUGCCCCCGGCGGAGGGGGGCGGCUACGCCAGGGUCUACUGCCCGACACCGAUCCAGCAGGUCCCGCCGCCGGACUACCGCCACCGCCAGCCGGGGUCUAAGGCGAUCAGCUUCUCGUACACGCCGGCGAUCUCCCGCGCCAACUCGUUCGUCUCGUCGCUAACCGGCGGUGACCCCGCCGGGAAGCCGCCGCUGUCUUCCUCAUCAUCGUUCAAGAGGAAGUGCGGUUCCGAGAGCGCCGGCGCCUCUGGAAAGUGCAGUGGGUCGUCCUCCAGCCGCUGCCACUGCUCCAAGAGAAGGAAGCUGAGGUUGAAGAGGGUGGUUAUGGUGCCGGCGAUAAGCUCGAAGAUGGCCGACAUUCCACCGGACGACUACUCGUGGAGGAAGUACGGACAGAAGCCCAUCAAAGGCUCCCCACAUCCUAGGGGCUACUACAAGUGCAGCAGUGUGAGAGGCUGCCCGGCCCGAAAGCACGUGGAGAAGGCGGUCGAUAACCCGAAUAUGCUCAUCGUGACCUACGAAGGAGAACACAAUCACGCUCGCUCUAAUAAUGCAGAAACUCCGAGCGCCAUGAAUAUUCUAGAAUCUUCCUAG